AAAGAAUACUUUGUUUUUGUGGGCUUUCAUAUUUACAAAUAUUCAACAAAGAAUAAGAAUAUUGUUAGUUUUCACCUUCUUUUCUUGCUUGCUUUCUCCAUAUCAUUUUUCAACUACUUCACAUCCAACUCCACAUAUAAUAUAAUCUUCAGCCCAGCUCACCAUUCAAGAUUUUCUGGAAUAAUCAUGAUCUGAAAUCAGUAACCUGGAACAUUGGAGAGCUAGAUGGCUACGAUUGGUGAUAUUGGCCUUGCGGCCGCUAUCAAUAUCAUAACUGCACUCAUUUUUCUGUUAGCGUUUGCUGUAUUGCGGCUACAACCUUUUAAUGAUAGAGUCUAUUUCCCAAAAUGGUACAUUAGGCGUUUAAGAACCAGCCCCUCACGUUCUGGAGGAGUUGUCAGCAAGUUUGUCAAUGUGGACCUGAAAUCAUAUGUGAGAUUUCUAAAUUGGGUGCCUGAUGCACUCAGAAUGCCGGAACUUGAGCUUAUUGAGCACGCAGGAUUGGAUUCAGCUGUAUACUUGCGAAUCUACUUGCUAGGACUUAAGAUAUUUUUUCCCAUAAUGUUCUUGGCAUGGGCUGUCCUGGUGCCGGUUAACGUGACAAAUGACACACUGGAAAAGGCCAAAGAUGUCACUUUCAGCAACAUUGAUAAGUUGUCAAUUUCAAAUAUUCCCCUUGGAUCACAGAGGUUUUGGGUACAUAUUGUAAUGGCCUAUACCUUCACAUUUUGGACAUGCUAUGUGCUAAAAAAGGAGUACGAGACGAUCCAGAAUUUGCGAUUGCACUUUAUUCAUUCAGAAAAACGCCGCCCUGAUCAAUUCACAGUUCUUGUAAAAAAUGUGCCACCAGACCCUGAUGAAUCAGUUAGUGAGCUUGUUGAGCACUUUUUCUUGGUCAAUCACCCUAACCACUAUCUUACUCAUCAGGUUGUACGUAAUGCUAACAAACUUGCGGAUUUGGUAGAAGAAAAGAAAAAGCAGCGCAACUGGCUUGAUUACUACCAGCUGAAGUAUUCUCGUAAUCAAUCAAAACGACCUGUGACGAAGACGGGGUUUCUUGGUCUUUGCGGAGAUAAAGUGGAUGCAAUUGAUCAUUACACAUCAAACAUAGAAAAACUAUCAGAAAAGAUAGCUGCAGAGCGGAAAAGGGUCAUGAGUGAUCCCAAGUCUAUUAUGCCUGCAGCAUUUGUAUCAUUUAAAACUCGCUGGGGUGCAGCUGUCUGUGCGCAGACGCAACAAUCCAAAGAUCCAACUCAGUGGAUAACAGGGUGGGCUGCAGAACCUCGUGAUGUCUAUUGGCCAAACUUGGCAGUUCCUUAUGUUCAACUAACAGUUAAAAGACUCAUGAUGGCUGUCUCUUUCUUUUUCCUCACUUUCUUUUUCAUGAUUCCUAUUGCAAUGGUACAGUCACUUGCAAACAUUGAGGGUAUUGAAAAAAGGGCACCCUUUCUGAAGCCUGUAAUUGAAGCAAAGGUCAUAAAGUCCUUCAUCCAAGGUUUCCUACCUGGAAUCGCCUUGAAAAUUUUUCUCAUCCUUCUCCCGACAAUAUUGAUGAUGAUGUCCAAGUUUGAAGGUUUUUUGAGUAUAUCGUCUUUGGAGAGGAGAUCUGCAUCUCGAUAUUAUAUUUUCAACUUUGUGAAUGUUUUCCUGGGAAGCAUAAUUGCAGGAACUGCAUUUGAACAGCUAAACACAUUCCUUAAAAAGUCGGCAAAUGAAAUCCCUAAAACCAUUGGUGUAGCUAUCCCUAUGAAAGCAACUUUCUUCAUAACAUAUAUAAUGGUAGAUGGAUGGGCUGGUAUUGCUGGAGAGAUUCUACGAUUGAAACCACUAAUCUUUUAUCACUUGAAGAACACUUUCUUGGUGAAGACUGAAAAAGAUAGAGAGAAGGCGAUGGAUGCAGGAAGUCUCGGUUUUAACACCGGAGAACCUCAAAUACAGUUUUACUUUUUACUGGGCCUGGUCUAUGCCGUGGUUACUCCUCUACUACUUCCUUUCAUAUUGGUAUUUUUCGCGCUGGCUUAUGUUGUUUUCCGCCAUCAGAUUAUAAAUGUCUAUAACCAGGAGUAUGAAAGUGCUGCAGCAUUUUGGCCUGAUGUUCAUGGGCGUGUUAUAAGUGCAUUAGUUAUCUCCCAGCUUCUCCUAAUGGGCUUACUGAGUACAAAAGAAGCUGCAUUGACGACACCGUUUCUUCUUGCACUUCCAGUUCUGACAAUAUGGUUCCAUAGAUACUGCAAAGGCCGCUAUGAACCUGCCUUUGUCAAAUUUCCAUUACAGGAAGCCAUGAUGAAAGAUACUCUUGAACGAGCAAGGGAACCACAUCUAAACCUGAAAGGCUACCUUCAGAAUGCUUAUAUCCAUCCUGUUUUUAAAGAUGAGGAUGAUUCUGAUUCCGAUGAUGACAAUGGGGAGUCGCUCGAGAAAUACGAGCAGGAGCUUGUCCCAACCAAACGACAGUCACGGAAAAAUACACCAGUUCCAAGCAAAAUCAGCGCUGGUUCCUCUCCAUCUAUUCCAGAGGUAACUUCGGAAUACACGAAACUGUAAAGUGAAUGUGGAACUUGAGUUUGCUUUGUUGCAUAGAGGAGCAAAUACAGAUUUUACGGAUUUUCAGCUCCAUGCCAAUGACUUUGGACCAUCUAGUAGAAAUGAAAGCUCAAGAAAUAGAAAGACCCAAGGUUGGUGGAUGUUCUCUGAGGCAUCUGUAUUGUAAAUGUAGAAGCUUGCUGUACAUUAAGUGGAUUAUAAUACUGUAUAUGUUUAGCAGGAUUUUGCAUAGUGAAAACAGAUAGUGGUUAACUGCAUGUGUGCAGGGAGUGCUUAAGAAAGGUAGAGAAUUGGUGAAUUUGUAGUUUAGUUUAAAACGGGUAUCAGCCCAAAUCUCAACGGCGUUAGAGAAUAUGGACGGACGGUCACAAAUUUUAAUAAGUGGAACUACGGUAGGGUAUUGCAUGCGAUGUUUCUUUUAA